CACAACACCUUCAAGGAAAUACUAUAUCCGGGUUUAACAGGGAAUGUGAAUGAAAUAUCGAAUUCAAAUAUCCUUCUGUUAUCUUAUCUGCAUUCUCCUCUUUGCAAAUACAACUUACAUUUCAUAAAUAAGUAGAGAAAACUGUGCUAGAGGAAAGAUAGAGACUAGAGAGUAAUUACAGGAGACAUACAAAUACAAAUUGUAACAAUGAGCCUUACUGAAGUUUCUUCUAACAAAAUAUUUGGAGGUUACCAGAAAGUAUUCUCCCAUGAAUCCAAAGAGGUGGGAUGUACUAUGAAAUUUGGUGUUUAUUUACCACCACAAGUUGAAGAAAAUAAAAGACUUCCCAUUAUUUAUUGGCUUUCUGGACUAACUUGUUCUGAAUUGAAUUUCCUUCAGAAAUCUGGAGCUCAAAGAUAUGCCUCUGAACAUGGUGUGAUCAUUGUUAAUCCAGACACAUCACCUAGAGGUCUGAACAUACCAGGUGACUCUGAAAGUUGGGAUUUUGGAGUGGCAGCAGGUUUUUAUAUAAAUGCCACUCAAGAGCCAUGGAAGAAAAACUAUAGGAUGUACAAUUAUGUCACAGUUGAAUUGCCAAGUAUCAUCAAUGCCAAUUUUCCUGUUGAAACUGGAUUACAAUCUAUUAUGGGCCACAGUAUGGGUGGUCAUGGUGCCCUCAUUUGUGCUCUAAAAAAUCCAGGGCUGUACAAGUCUGUUUCUGCUUUUGCACCUAUUUCAAAUCCAAUAAAAAGUGCUUGGGGACACAAAGCCUUUUCUGGGUAUUUGGGUCCUCAAGAAACUAGUUCUUGGGGUGAAUGGGAUGCCACAGAAUUAGUCAAGAAGUAUAAUGGGCCUGCAUUAGGAAUAUUGUUGGAUCAGGGAUUGGAUGAUGAAUUUUUCAUAAAAGGCCAACUUUUACCUGAAAACCUUGUUGAAGCCUGUAAAGCAGCUGGAGUUCCUGUAGUAUUGAAGAAAAGAGAAGGUUAUGAUCACUCAUAUUUUUACAUAGCCUCCUUCAUUGGUGAGCACAUCAAGUACCAUGUGGACCACCUGACCAGUAAGUUGUGAAAGCAAAAUAAUUUUCUGUACACAAAAAUUUAUAAUAUAAUAUGAUAAGGGCACUACAGUUUUCUGGUAUCUUUUACUGAACCUUAAAUUACCUAGAAUAAAAUAUGAUAUCAUGAUAUUUACAUUAUUGAAUAGUAUGAAACUCAUUUUAUUGAACCUCUUAGUUCAUGCCAAUAGUGUAAUACAGGUUCUCGUUUUUGCCAAAUAUAUUGAUUUCCCCAU